AUAAGGAAAACCCGUAGAGGAAAAACUCGUGAGUAAAAACAAUUUAACGCGUUUUAUCCUCGUUGAGUUUAGUCGCGUCGAGAGGCUUUGGAAGAACAGAUCACAGCCUUUUAUUAUUUUUGACUUGCAUUGUGCUUGUGAAGUUCUGAUAAUGACAGGAAAGCUAAAGGUAUUUACGGAAAUAACGGGUCUAUAAAGCCAUGAUGUGGUGAUCUUAUAAAUACCGAUAUAUAAAGCUUUGAAGGAAUAUAAAAAGAAUGCGUUUCGCAAGGAGCUACCUCACUUAUAAACGGGCCCUGCGCAUCUUCUUGAUUUCCUUCGCUGUUACUGCGCUUAUAUAUUUAUCUUCAACUGAGGACGUGGUUUACCACAGCCUGGGGGCGAGAAGGGAAGCCCCCGACCUUACGAUACCUGUCUCUAAGGCUGAGAAUUCUCUGUCGCAAAUCGAGGAAAGGGCGAGAGGACCGUUAGCCGCAGACGACCCGGGUGUUAUCCAGCUCUUGAGGACGAAGUACCUCGACCCCCCUUCCUCCCUUCCUUACAAAUUACGCGAAGGGCCCCCCGACGACCAAUACUACACCUCCUACAAGAAGAGGUUCCCGACAUGGCCCUUCAUCAACAGCGUCCUCAAGGAUUUAUACGAGGGACGCCCCCCAGGAUUCUUCGUGGAAGCUGGUGCUCUGGACGGGGAGUACCUCUCGAACACCCUGCACCUCGAGAGGCACUUCCACUGGACGGGACUCCUGGUGGAGGCCGAGAAGGAGAGCUACGUCGUGUUGAGGGACAAGCACAGGAAGGCGUGGUCGUCCCCCGCUUGCCUCGCUACCAAGCCCUACCCUCACUCGGUCGUCCUCACCGCCUUCAGGAAUGAGGGUCGUCAGGCUAACUGGCUGGACCGAGGGGCGGCGAGGAUUGAGAAGGAUUCCUUGGCCGACGGAGGUCCUGGCUACAGAUCCUAUCGCGUCGUCCAGUGCUUCCCUUCCCUUACCUUCUUCUUAGCCCUCAACGUCACCAAAGUCGAUGUCUUCAGUCUCGACGUCGAGGGCGUCGAGGUGGACAUCCUGCAAUCCUUUCCCUUCGACAAGAUCAUCGUCGACGUGUGGGUCAUCGAGCACGUCUUUCCGUCGGGAAAGCCCUUCUCGACUCCCCCCUUAUGGCAUCACGAAGACUCAGAGUUCAUAGCCUUCAUGGAAGCUCGUGGGUAUUACCUAUUCGACAUGUUCUGUUCCAUCAUCACGGAUUACAUCUUCGUCAGGAGGGACAGCGAGGUCUUCGAGAGACUGGGUGUCCCGGAGGAGCUGUGGACGCGAAGAGGCCUGUGUCUUGAGAAGCCUAAGUUUGAGUCGAACAGAACCGAAUAUUUUCUUGUGGACUUGAGGGAUAAACGCCAUUGGCCGACGCUCUUGUACUCCGGUUAAUGGUUUAUUUAUCCAUUUUAUCAUUAUUAUUAUUAUUAUUAUUAUUAUUAUUAUUAUUAUUAUUUUCGCUGUAUUCUAGUGUCUUUCAUAUUCUUCCUUUCGUCGUUUCAUUCACAGUUUGUUCAUCAUGAAUCCUAAACAGAUAAUAGAUGUCUCAUAAAUCUUUGUACGCAAUUACUUUAUACUUGGAGACCUUUUAAGAAUAAAUUAAUAGUUUAAGAAAAGAAAAGAAUAGAAAAAACAAAGAAAAAAUAAGUAUAAAUACUGUCAUACAUACAUUAUUAUAAAUGAUAACUAG